AAUCAGCGCGAGCCAAUGAGCAAAUCGCCAAUUAACCUCCAUCAGGCCAAAAAAGGCGGGCAAAACGGUUUGGACUGGGAGGGAUCACAAACGGGUAAUGGAAAACUUAAAAUGCAGCCGUGAAAUAUACACGUGUCUCUGCAACUGAAAAAUAUAUAUGUUUAAUAUCAGCGCUUAAACAUGCGAUCUGCCGGGUUCUUGAAAGAUGGGAAUAAACCAUACUGGCCCCAUUAACAAAGACUGCCUCCAGACUGCAGGGAACUGUGCUACUGUUGGUGGAAGAGUGGAUGUAAGAUUAGGGACUCUAAAUGUAGGGACAGUGCAGAAGGUUGGAUGUCAAAGGUCGGGUGUGAUGGAGGCAGAUGAAGCACUGUGGUGAGUCCUAAAUAGAGCAGCUGAAAGAAGGAGAAGGCUAACAUUUGUAAUAUAAAGUUAUUUCCUAAGAAAAUGUUUUAUUGUCACAGAAGCUUGCUUUCUGCCCACCUCUGAUCAGAUCAGCUGGGUGGCCUGUGUGUGCUGUUUUACCGACAGGGACGUUGCAGAGCGCCCUCUGGUGGACAAACAUUCCAACAUCAACAAUCAUAAAAUACAAGUGUUUGUGUUUCCCUUUUUUAAUUUUUAAUUUUCAUUUAACGGCCAUUAUAAUUGUAGAUACCGAUGUAUCAGCUAAAAUCAGCCCCACUUAUAUACUGGGUGGGUUUUACAGUUUAUUAAUCAACAGAACAGUUUCCUAGAACUUUUUAAAUAUCACAGAUAAAUAUUUACUUUGUAGAAUUCAUACAUAUUUGCAGCUUAGCUGUUUGUUUUUAAACAUCCUUUUUGCAAAAGCUGCAAUUUUACAAAAUCGAAUUUAUAAGGGAGCGAUGGGUACUCUUCACUGUUUUAUUAGUCACUAAUAAAAUAUGCAAUAGCACCUGUCCCACUGCAAAUAAAAAAAAAAAAUGUGCGAAUCUUAAAAUGUUAAACAAGUUUCUUUUCAAAAUCUAAACCCUUUAUGUAGUUACCAGAAUACAACAUCUGUCCUGCGUGCUCCUUGGCACACAAAGAGGUUUAAAAAAGAGGCCCAUCAUUAAGCUUCCAUACUUGACAGUUUCCCUAAUUGGAAACUGUUUCCGCUACCUGUCUUCGUCACAUUUACGCACCCUUUGAUGCAUUUGCUGGAAGACAAAGGGAUGUGGAAAAGCAUAAAAGGUGCCUCUCCCCACUCCUAUUUCAAAAUCUACAGACGCUCCGAGCCUGUGUGCAGAGAGGGUUAAAGAGAUUUAAACAUGAAUAAGAAUCCCGUCACCAGAACGUUCACCAUUGGAGCUAUCUGCAGUGGAAGCAAAGCUUCAGAUGAUUUCCCCACAGGACGUAGGCACAGCAGUGCAGGGAUCCAGGCGCUUUCGUGGGCUACCGGCACCGUAAAGUCCUUCGAUUCCCAUGAGAACAUUUUUCCAAAUAUCCUGACUCCUGACAGCAUCCCACAGUUCACCAUUCCAAGUCUGUCUGUGCAGACUGGCUUCAGAUCACUGGACAAGGAAAGUAACAAAGAGAGAGAAGGGGGCUCAGAGAUGACGCCAGAAUCCUCAGUUUCUUCGGCCUGCGCCACGGUCUCGUCAUCUGCAUCAUUCUCCAGCUUUGCUUUAGUUCGGUCAGAGCGCAAAGCUGAGCGGUGUGUUUCAGACCCUUUAACCAAGAGGAGAUCUCUCCUUCAGAGGGAGCUGCACUCUCCUUGCUCCUACAGUGAGACCCAGCAUUGCCUUGACCCCGCAAGCAAAGCCGCUCUCUCCCUGCCGCACUUGACCAAAAUCACCACCCCCUACGGCUUCGUCACCUUAAGUCAGAGCCCCCAGAUGGCAAGCGAGGAGGCACUUCUCUACCAAGCAGGCCCGCACCGCUUAAAUAAAGAUGACAAGAAUUCAUACUGGCUCAGCAGAGCUCCCGGGAAAAGCACAGAAGACAUUAAAGGCAAGUCCUCCCACCUGUCAGGGCCGGAGAAGAGACUAUCCAAACACUUGGCUGACUCACAGUCUAAGAGAGCACUACAGGCUUCUUCUGCCUCCUCCACCACAGUUUCAUCGUCUCCACCACCAAGGCAACCAGAUGAGAGGCACAAACCCCGCUUCUACGAGGUCAUAAAGAAACACUUCAUCUCCCGCCAUUAGAAACAUCACUAUAUAUUUGACUGUGUGGUAACAAUGCCAAGAAAAUAUGUUAUGUAUUUAUUUAAAUUUGCAUGUAAAAAUAAAAGUUUUCCUCCCGUGUAAAACACUGAAAACUAAUUAAAUUGUACCAGAUUUUGUCACUACUCUGGUGUCACUUUCAAAUAUCGAUUUAGUAUUGAAGCACCUGGUUCUGGUUAACCAAAUUUCAGAACCCUUUGGGACAUUUUUUCAGGUCUUCUGGUAUACCCACCACACGUCUGGUAAACACUUCCUCUUCUGUCUGCUUGUCAUUGCACACAUUGAAUACUGAAAAAAAAAUUAAAUGCUUAUCACACCGUCACAAGGUUUCGAGACAGCUUGUCUGUAUACCUGCAUGCAACUAAAACUCAGACAUGAUUGGUUAAUACAACCAGACACAAAGCAGAAGUGGUUUGUUUCGCAAAGAGUUCAAAGUCUAGAGCUGAGCACAGAGGAAGAUCACCUUUAAGAUUCACUGAGGAUAUUCCACAUCACCCGUGAGGUUAAGGUUAAUGGAUUCCUCUAUCGCUUAAAUGUCAGUCACUCUCAGUUUGCCUGCUCCUAUUCACUUCCUCGCUGAACACGUAUUUAUGAGCCCUGAGUCCUGCAGCGCUGAAUGCGUCCUUCUGCCAGAUGAACCAAGCGCUUGCUCUUUAGCAUAUGAAGAGACCGCUGGUCGCCUAAUACAUCCUUGGAGCAUGCGUCCUUAACCCUCCCACACACUGAAAUUAAGCAGGUAAAUAUCAUUAUGGCCCAGAGUACCCUUAUCUAAGCCGAGGGCGAGGGAUACACAAGGCUGACCCUUGAACACGGGAAUAGAUAAAGGUGAUCUAAAUUUAAAAUCACCCGCCGUGCUGUUUCUGUGCGUGAUUUAGGCCGUUCCUCGUGGCAGACAGGGGUUUCAGCUUUAAUGAAAGUAAAACAGGAGGAGAUGAAAGAAAAAAGGCAUGCAGAACAUCUGUGUUGAUUAAUAUAAAACAAGUUGGAGAGGUUCAUAUCACAGUCUAUCUGAAUGUAUUUUUAUUGUGUUGUUAUUGUAUGUUCCUUAAAUUGGACUCCACUGGUCAAUAUAACAAUACAAACAAAAGCUGAAUAUUAUUAGUUGAAUUUUUUUUCCUUUUUUUUUUUUUUGCUUU